AUGCCGAGGACUGUGGUUGUUGGUGUAGACAACAGCGAUUAUUCAGAAUUUGCAUUCGACUUCUACACCAAACAUGUUUGGGUCAAAGAUGAUAACAUUGUUCUGGUCCACGUCUCCGAGUAUACAUCGCUGGCUCAAGCACCUGUCCUGUUGACCGACCCAAUUGUGGUGACUGAGCUGAUCAGGGAAGAAGAGGUCAAGGUGAAGCAGCUAGUGGAGAAAUACAGCGAGAAAAUGAAGAAAUUACAUCUGGCUGGAAAAGUCAAGCAGAUGGCUGGCAAGAGUGGGGAGGCAAUUAUUGCAGCUGCCAUAGAAGAAAAGGCCAGUCUCAUCGUCAUGGGAACUCGAGGGAUGAGCGCGGUUCGACGCACAUUCAUUGGCAGUGUUAGCGACUAUGUCCUCCACCACUCUAAUGUGCCAGUAUUAAUUUGCCGAAAGAAAUAA